AUGGUUUCCGAACACGCACGCGUCGCCCGUUGGCAGGAUGACUUGCUGCCACAUAUUGUUGAUCGGCUGGCACGCGAGACUCCCGGUGCUAUAUAUGGACUCUGGCCCGUAGCCCCUGAUUCGUAUGAGGCCGGCUUCCGGACUGUCACCUAUGCCCAGCUAGCAAAUGCGGUCAACGGAUUGGCCUGGUGGCUCGUUGAGCAGCUUGGGCCUGGUAAAGAUCAUGAGGUCCUAACCUAUGUUGGUCCGAACGACGUACGGCUCACCGCGCUUGUGCUGGCCGCAAUCAAAGCAGGUUAUGUGAUACUUCUCACAUCACCGCGUAACUCCGCAGCGGCACAUCGUGGGCUCUUUGAUGUGCUCAAGUGCCGGACACUUGUGACAACAGACCCGAUGCCUCCGUCUGUUGCCCCCAUUAUUGAAGCUGUCAAGCCGCGUCAACUCGUUGUACCAAGUGUAGAGGAGCUUCUAGAGAAACCUUUUCCUCAUUUCCUUCUUGACAAAACCUUUGACCAAGCUCGUUGGGAUCCACUCUUCAUUAUACAUACAUCCGGGUCGACAGGGUUACCGAAACCUAUGAUAUGGACUCAUGAAACGGGAACACGGCAUCACAAGUUUACCAGCCGCGAUCCUCCGAACGGGAUGACGUCGAUUGACCAGAUAACCCGUGGUAAGAGGGUCAUAGCGACACUACCGCCUUUUCAUGGAGCUGGUCUGGGGCAGUACAUUUUCUAUGCCAUACCAUUUGGUAACACAGUGAUUGCGCCGGCGGCUACGGGAAUCGUAACCGCUCAGGGGCUCGUCGAUGCCCUGAAGCAGACACCAGCAGACAUAGCGGUUCUAGUACCGUCGGUGGUAGCCGAACUAGCUCAGAAUCCCGAUCUGCUUGAAUACUGUGCAGGCCAAUUAGAAUUAAUUCUUUAUAUCGGAGGAGAUCUACCUCAGGCAAUUGGAGACCGAGUCGCAGAGAAGAUCCGACUGCGCUGCCAAUGGGGCGCGUCUGAAGUCGGUAUCCCACAGCAAUUGCUACCAGCCGAAUUGGGCCUGUCGGAUUGGCAUUAUAUACGCUUCCAUCCAUGUACUGGUGCGGUAUUUGACGAAGUUGCCGAUGGCACAUAUGAGUUAGUUAUACGGCGCGACGAGGCGCUCGCUGAUACCCAGCCGGCAUUCAGCAUGCGAGGACAAGACAAACUUGAAGAAUAUCGCACCAAGGACCUGUUUGAACGCCACCCCACGGUAUCCGACGCAUGGCGUUGGCGUGCUCGUGCGGACGAUAUCAUCGUUUUCCUGAAUGGAGAGAAAACGAAUCCCGUGACGAUGGAGCAGCACAUAGUGGCCCAAAACCCCGAGCUAAGCGGCGUCCUAGUUAUCGGUGCCCAGAGAUUUCAGGCGGCUCUGCUAAUCGAGCCGGUUUCUCAAGAAGCGCCCUUGACGACCGCUGGCCAGGCUGCCUUGAUCGAACGUAUUUGGCCUAGUGUUGAAGAGGCUAACAAGGCCGCACCAGCCCACGCGCGCAUCGAAAAGACGAUGAUUCUCGUAACAGCAGCAGACCGGCCACUGAUCCGCGCAGGGAAGGGUACUAUCCAACGAUCUGCCAGUCUCGCCCAAUAUGUAGCUGAUAUCGACAAGCUCUACGAUGAUAUAGAUGUGGUUCCAGACGAUGAAGGAGUCGAUGGAUCCUUAAAAGAAGAUAGCUUUGAUGCAGUCAAGGCCCGAAUCUGGGAAAAUAUUUCAGCCAUCAUGGAUUGGCCAGACAUAGAUGAUUCGACCAGUUUCUUCGACCGUGGCAUGGACUCAUUACAAGCCCUUAGACUUACUCGUGCGCUACGACGCGCCCUCCAUUGUCCUCACAUUGCUUUAUCCACGGUGUACCAAAAUCCUACAAUCGCUCAGCUCACUUCAGCCCUCUUAGAGCAGAAUGAAGGGCCCGACGAGCGGGACAUGAUGGAGCCUUUACUGGCCACAUAUCGCGGAUUAAUCCAUCAAAUACCGGCGCCAAAGUCGUUAGCACCGAAUACAGACAAGGACGCCAAUGUUAUCCUGACGGGUUCCACUGGCGCCUUGGGCACAUAUAUACUUGCCGCCCUCCUCAAUCGACCUGGAAUCGGACACAUAUUCUGCCUCAACCGAGGCCAAAACGGCGGACGUAGCGUCCAGACCAAUCGCUUCGCGGGCGCCGGUCUAGCAACAGAAAAUCUUAGCGAGCGCGUCACUUUCAUACAAGCCGACUUAGCCCAUCCCUCCUUGGGGCUUGACAAGUCUACAUACGAAUCUCUCCGUUCGCGCAUAGGACUCAUCAUCCACAAUGCCUGGCCGGUAAACUUCAACCUCUCAUUAGUAGCGUUCCGACCACAACUAGCCGGCCUAGUAAACCUCUUCGCGCUCUCCGCCGCCGCGGCCCCGCGCACAAUGCGCUUCUUCUUCAUCUCAUCCGUCGGCGCCGUGAGCGCGCGACCAGCAGACGCGGGACCAGCUCCCGAAGCCGUUCUCGAGGACUUCGACGCGCCGAUCGCCAACGGGUACUCGCGGAGCAAGUUCCUCUCCGAGCUCCUCUGCGACGCCGCGGCACGGCACUUAAGGGUCCCCGUGACGAUUGCGCGAGUCGGCCAGGUCGCGGGUGCGGUUCGCGGACCCGGGGUGUGGAACCGUUCUGAGUGGUUUCCGAGCUUGGUCGUAAGCUCGCUGGGCUUUGGCUGCUUGCCAGAUAGCCUGGGUCCGCAGUUCUCGGAGGUCGAUUGGGUGCCAACGGAUUUGCUCGCUGAUGUUGUCGUUGAUCUGGCGAAUCCUCGCGCUUUGGAGGGGGCAGGCGGUUGUGGUACUGCUGGUGCUACUGUGUUUAAUCUUCGGAAUCCGAAUACGGCUUCUUGGGAUAAGUUGGUACCGGCGAUCAUGGCGGUUGUGCAUGAUCGCCUCGGCCGGAACAUCGAAGUGGUUUCAUCGUCGGUAUGGUUGAGGCGUUUACAGGAGGCUGCGGCUGAUGGAGAAAGUAACGACCUAAUGAGCACAGCUACAUCUAACCCGGCUAUCAAGUUGGUAUCGUUUUACUCCAACGACUUGUGGGCUGAUAAAGGUGUCGGGUCGAAACCAAUGUCGGUCGAACGCGCUCUAGGAGCUAGUUCUACGUUACGCGAUAUUUCGUCCGUAGGCGUCGACUGGAUGCGGAAAUGGGUUAACGAAUGGAUUUCAGUGCAAACACAGGAUGAGAGGGUCUGA